AUGGCCGCCGCGAGUUUCAUCAAGGCGCCCGCCGGGCAGAAUCCCAGGCUCGCAAUCCACGCUCCGGGGAGGGGCGCCCGCGUGGUCAGGUGCUCGCUUGGCGCGGCCGUCGGCGGCCGGACCGAGUGGCUCAGCAACUGUGCCGUCCUCUCCAGCAAGGUUGCCGCGCUCGGCCCCCACUCCGUCAACGGCCACGCCGCGCCGGCGCCGGCCCCCAACGGGUCGGUGCUUGACUUGAUCCCUGUGAGCGGUGUUAACGGCGUUGCCAAGAACCUGCCGGCGCCGCUGCGGAUCGCCGACCUGUCCCCGGCGCCGAUGCACGGCUCGGAGCUGCGCGUGGCGUACCAGGGCGUGCCCGGCGCGUACAGCGAGAAGGCGGCCGGCAAGGCCUACCCGGGCUGCGACGCCAUCCCCUGCGACCAGUUCGAGGUGGCGUUCCAGGCCGUGGAGCUGUGGAUCGCGGACCGGGCCGUGCUCCCCGUGGAGAACUCGCUCGGCGGCAGCAUCCACCGCAACUACGACCUGUUGCUCCGCCACCGGCUCCACAUCGUGGGCGAGGUGCAGCUCCCCGUGCACCACUGCCUCCUCGCUCUCCCGGGCGUUCGCAAGGAGAACAUCACCCGCGUGAUCAGCCACCCGCAGGCGCUGGCGCAGUGCGAGCACACCAUCACCCGCAUGGGCCUCAACGUCGUCCGCGAGGCCUUCGACGACACCGCCGGCGCCGCCGAGUACGUGGCCAACAACGGCCUCCGCGACACGGCCGCCAUCGCGUCGUCCCGCGCCGCCGAGCUGUACGGCAUGGAGAUCCUCGCCGACGGCAUCCAGGACGACUGCGGCAACGUGACCCGGUUCGUGAUGCUGGCCAGGGAGCCCAUCGUGCCGCGCACGGACCGGCCGUUCAAGACCAGCAUCGUGUUCGCGCACGACAAGGAGGGCACCUCCGUGCUCUUCAAGGUGCUCUCCGCCUUCGCCUUCCGCGACAUCACGCUGACCAAGAUCGAGAGCCGGCCGCACCGCCACCGCCCCAUCCGCCUGGUGGACGACGCCAACCGCGGCACGGCGAAGCAUUUCGAGUACAUGUUCUACGUCGACUUCCAGGCGUCCCUGGCGGAGCCGCGGGCGCAGAACGCGCUGGCCGAGGUCCAGGAGUUCACGUCGUUCCUGCGGGUGCUCGGGAGCUACCCGAUGGACAUGACCCCGAUGACCGCCGGCUCCUCCUCCACCGUCACAUCGUCCGACUCGUAG